GGUUUUAACGCUAGGGUUUCAGUGUUCACUCUCUAUUUUUCUCUCUCACUCUGUUUCUCUUUCUUUGGGCAUAGCCAUGGAUAGGUACCAGAAGGUGGAGAAGCCUAAGCCCGAGUCUCCAAUCAACGAGAAUGAGAUCCGAAUCACAACCCAGGGCGCUAUUCGCACCUACAUCACCUCAGCUCCUUUAAUGUUCGAUUACCUUUCGUGA